AUGGUCAAGCAAGGACACAGCAGCCCAACAGAAAAGAAAGAGGUCCAGCACGUUGAGUGCAAGGCAUCCAGCUUGGGAGGUGUCACGUUGCUGGACCUGCAACGUGAAGGAGAGUCCAGGAAGCGUUGGGAGAAAGGGGCAGCAGGCCCAACUAUCUUCAUUCACGCUUCCAGCAACACGGUCCAGCUUGGGAGGUCUUCGUCCAGCAAGCAGCAUCCAGCUUCACCAUGGCCCACCACACGUCCACGCUCACGAUCCAAACAGCUCCGGUCCAGUAGAAGCCUUCAAGUCCAGCAGCUUGGAGGGAGCGUGCAGCUUUCUAGGAGCAUCUCGGUCCAACACAAGCAGCUUGGAGAGCAAACAGAUGGCAGCAGGGGCCCAUGGAAAUUAAGUGGAGUGCUGAUUUUAUUUGGUGAUGGAAGUGGAGUCAAAGAAGGCACACACGGACAUCAUUUUCCGAGCAGCGGUGCACGCAGAAAAUACACAGUCCAGAAGCAAGCAGGUCCAGCAGCUGUGAAGACGUGGUGCUUGAGAGUUUGGAGGUGCACGAAGAAGCAGCCCAGUAGCACACAUCUAAGGGCUUCACGGGGAAGUUGGUCCAGAGGAAUGGGAGAGAAGAGGGCGUGCGUAGGAGCCGCGAGGAGCACGUUGGUGGAGGAAGUAGGUGGUGUGCGGAAACGGGGAGAAGGGAAGAAGCAACAACACAUGAUUUCAAAUGGAGAGAAGAAAUGAAUUUACUUUCUUUUAAAAGCCACGGUCAAGCUACUUGAUGAAAUUUUGCUGGGAGAAGUGAAGCGCGGUGCCCCUUGCCACAUAUUAUAUCAUAGUAUAUUCACCUUUCAUUUUGGAAAAAGGAGGCAAUUGUUCAGGGAAUGAAGAAGAAGUGCCCACGUCUGCAGCGUCCAGAGAAUGGGUUUUCGUUCAUAUUUUUUAUAUAUUAUAUAUUAUUAAAAUUUUGCUUUAUUGUGAUGAUAUUCAUUUAAAGCUGCUGCAACGUGCAUUUCAAGUUAGCUAAGUUAUGAUAUUCUCAUUUCCAACCAAAGUGCAAUUUACAAGCUUUAUUUCAACGUGCAUUUAAUUUUUU